AUGAGUUCGAACAAAAAAUCAUGUAUUCGGAAGUCUGUUCAACUGAAAAAUCUGCAUCGUAAACGGGAGAACUUACUUGGGUCUGCUUUACUUAUCCAGAAGUUCAAUGAAACGUUCGAGGCUACUCAAGUUAAUCAAGUACCGAUUCGUAUUGAAAGGUUAGAUCAUUUGUGGGAUAAAUUCGAGGACACGGAGGAUGAUAUUGAAGCGUUAGAGGAUCAGGAGGACGGGUUCUCGGAGACUCGUCAGGAGUUUCAAAAUUUAUACUUUGAGCUGAAAGCAUCUUUGGUUAGCAAGCUACCGCGCCCUGCUGCUGCACACCCAUCUUCUCCCGAUCUACCUCCACCAUCUCGAAGUGUACCACAUACUACCCAAUCCAUUUCAGUGAAGCUUCCAGAAAUAAAAAUCCCUGAAUUCGGAGGCAAAUCGGAUGAAUGGGUCGAGUUCCGUGAUUUGUUUAAAUCUCUGGUGCACACCAAUACACAAUUGUCGUCAGUUCAGAAGCUUCACUACUUGCGCAGCUCAUUGCAAGGUGAAGCAUCUCGUUUGAUCUCGUCGUUGGCGAUCACUGCAGAUAAUUACCCCGUCGUAUGGAAAACGAUCUGCGACCGGUAUGAAAACAGAAAUGUUCUCGUGAAGCAGCAUAUGUCAGCGAUUUUGAAGGCUCCCAACGUAAAAAGGGAAUCAGCUUCAGCCCUCGCCGAGUUGGCUGAUGAGUUUAAUCGACAUGUGAGCAUUUUAGACAAAUUGGAAGCGCCCGAAGCGCAUUGGAAUUCAUUCGAAGUGGAGCGAUUGAGUAGUUUGCUCGACGAUAAAUCGUUGAUGGAAUGGGAAGGACAGUGUGACGAAAAUGCCGUCCCACAGUAUAAAGACCUGUUGAGCUUCAUUUUGAAACGGUCACGCACACUUCAGAUGUGUAAGCCAAACUUAAGUCAACCAGUGACAAGUUCCAUCAAGCCCAACCGUGGCAAAUCUUCCUCUCACGUUGUUUCUGAGCGUGUGUGUGAGUCAUUUUUGAAUCUAUCUCCGAAAACUCGAUUGGACUUUGUCAAGAAGCAUCAACUUUGCAUUAACUGUCUGCGUGGAGGUCAUUUGGCUAAAGACUGUCGCAGUAGCUUGUAUCGGACCUGUGCGAAGAGACACCACAGCUUACUACACCUUCCUCCCGUUACAUCCGUUCCGAGCGUAGUAGACGAAGAGGCUUCUACAUCCACUACUUGCAUAGCAGUUGGUUCAGCAGAUAACAUCGUCCCACAUGCGGGAAACUUGUUUCCGAGAUCGGUAGCACCAUCGGUGGUGCACUCACAUAACUCACCACAGGCAAAUGGGUCGUCGUCGGUAGUUGUAUCGUUUCCGCAUUCGCGCGUCGUUAAUAGCCCCUCUCUCUCGUCGUCGGUUUAUCCGUCUGAAUCUAAUGAACCACUUCCUUCUUGCUCUUACGAUAGCACGAUAUUGCCCAAUCCGAUAGCCAAACCUCGAGAAACAAUGGUGUUUUUAUCCACUGCGUUAGUACGAGUACAGGACGCCAAUGGUAUUGGCCACUAUGCCAGAGCCUUGCUCGACAGUGGGUCGCAAUCCAACUUCAUAUCGGAGUCAUUAUGUCAGAAGUUGGGAUUGAAACGCACUCGCAUCAAUAUACCCGUAAGCGGAAUUGGUCAAGCAACAGUCAGUGUACGUUAUAGUGUGCAGGUUGCUCUCGCUUCUCGAUUCGGAAAAUUCGUACAGGAUAUAGAUUGUUUAGUGCUCCCGAAACUAACUGUGAGUCUUCCUAGUUGCCAUGUUGAUAUCUCGCGGUGGAACAUUCCACGAAAUUUACCAUUGGCGGACCCAAAGUUCAAUAUUAGCCAUGGAGUGGAUUUGAUUGUUGGGGCCGAACUUUUCUUCAUGCUGAUAGAAUCCCAUCAAAUGAUUUUGGCUGAUAAUUAUCCUACGUUGCAGAAAACUUUGCUUGGUUACGUCGUAUGCGGCAAGUAUUCAACAAACAUGGUCAAGACGGUGGCAUGCCAUGUGGCCACUGAAGCUGAUAUAAACGUUCAACUCGAGAAGAUGUGGGAAGUAGAGAACUUUGACGUUGGCAAGUCUCUCACCCCAGCUGAACAGGAUGUCGAAAACCACUUUCUGCAAACCGUGUCACGCGAUACUGAUGGACGAUACAUUGUUCGCUUGCCCUUCCGGGAAUCGAUGGCUCCCCUGUUGGGUGACGCCUUCGACCAAGCAGUUCGACGUUUGCUGCUUAUGGAGAAGCGGUUUGUUCGGGACAAGGAUCUGCAAGACGCCUACGUAAAAUUCAUGGACGAGUACGAACGAUUAGGGCACAUGGAAGUUGGUUCACGCGACGCGGGCCCACAAUAUUUCCUUCCCCACCAUGCUGUUCAUCGUCCGGAAAGCAGUACAACAAAAACUCGAAUUGUCUACGAUGCUAGCUGCAAGGGAACCGGUGCUCUUUCCCUCAACGACGUCCUUCACACUGGUCCCACGGUCCAGCCACCACUGCUAUCCACCGUGUUGAAUUUCCGGAUGCCGCAGUACGUCUUCACUGCGGAUGCGGAAAAAAUGUUCCGCCAAAUGUGGGUUCAUCCAGAAGAUCGGCGAUAUUUGAAGAUCGUCUGGCGACGCGAUCCCUCGUUGCCACUACAAGUGUACCAGCUGAAGACGGUGACCUAUGGACUUGCAUGUUCACCGUACCAAGCCGCUCGAGUACUCAUCAAGCUCGCCGAAGAUGAGGGACAAAACUACCCGCUCGCUGUGGAAAUUGUGAGGAGUCGUUUCUAUGUUGACGAUGUUCUCGCUGGGAGUGACAGCCUCGAAGAAGCCACCGAAAUUUGUCGCCAACUACGGGAGCUACUCGAUCUAGGAGGAUUUUCGCUCAGAAAAUGGAGUAGCAAUAACCAAGCCGUCCUAAGACACGUCCCCACUGACCUGUGGGAAAGUGCGCCUCAGAUGGAAUUAUGUCGUUCGACGGUGACUGCUCUAGGUCUUCUAUGGAGUCCACAAAGCGAUUGUUUCGGCUUUAAGGUCCCGCAACUAGCAGACUUGCGAAUUGUGACCAAACGCAUUGUUGUGUCUGAGACUGCUCAACUGUUUGACCCUUGUGCGACUUACCUCGACGAGAGUCCGUAA